AUGGGAAAACGCGUUUCUCCGCGGCGGGCGGCUUUUAACGGCGCCUCGGGCCGUGUUCUUCCUCUUGGGGGCUACCCCUUUUUAAUCCCAGCUUUUGCGCCGCAUCCAAACGCGAGGAUCUCAAAAAAGACCCGCGGCAACCCGGCCGAAAGAGAGGAGAAGAAGGCGCGCUCGGUCCCGGGAACCCGCCGGAGCCCCGGAGGGCGGGAUCGGAUCCCCCGGGAACUUCUCUUGGGUUUUCUUUCGCGCCUGCUGUUCGUGGGUGCUCCGUGCCUUUCUUUGGUGUUGUGGGGGCGGUCCGAAAGAAAAAAAAAAAGAGAAAAAAGCGAGGGGGUUGUUUCUCCGCGUCGGUUCGUUUUCCCGGAGGGUUCUUGA